AUGCCAUCUAAGUCACACCCCACUCUAGACUCACUGAAGCUGUGGGACAUCCCCCAGCCAGAUGGCAGGCACAGUAAGGGGGACUGGUACGGAUUUAUCAACACCUGUCUGCAAUCUCUUCUAAUAGAGAAAUUUGGUGAAGAGACAUGGGAAAAAUUGAAAAAUUCUGCUGAAGUGCAAGAUGCCUUCAUGACGUACACAGUGUAUGAUGACAUCAUCACCAUUAAGCUCAUCCAAGAGGCCUGCAAGAUCCUGGGUGUCUCCAUGGAAGCCAUUCUGAAACUCUUUGGAGAAUACUUCUUUAAAUUCUGUAAGAAGUCUGGCUAUGACAGGAUGUUACGAACACUGGGAGGAGAUCUCACGGAGUUUAUUGAAAAUCUAGAUGCCCUCCACAGUUACCUUGCACUUUCUUAUCGGGAGAUGAAUGCACCAUCGUUUCGUUUGGAGAAAGGAGCCGACGAGAAAAUGCUUCUCCAUUACUACUCUGACAGAAGUGGUCUGUGCCACAUUGUGCCAGGUAUCAUUGAAGCUGUGGCCAAAGACUUCUUCAACAUUGAUGUGUCCAUGGAUAUACUUGACAUGAAUAAGGAAGCGGAGAGGACAGGGAAGAUGGAGCACGUUGUGUUUCUGAUUGUGCAGAAGCCUCACAGACAGAUAAGAAGAGCAAAGCCAAAUAGGUUACAAAAUGGUCAGGACAUCCAGAGAGACCAAGAGGCCCUCCAGGCAGCUUUCCGAAGGAUGAAGGAGAAAUAUUUGAGUAUCUCUGUUUGCCCUGUGAAGAAAUCUCGCUGGGAAGUUGUGAGAAGUAUAGUCAUGUUUGGAAAAGGGCAUCUCCUGGACGCCUUUGUGCCGCUUUAUCCCGAGCAGCUCUGGAUUGAAGUUAAGACAUUCUGCAAUGCUUUUCCUUUCCACGUCGUAUUUGAUGAAUCACUGAGGGUCAAGCAAAUGGGAGUGAAUAUUCAGAAGUAUGUCCCAGGACUCCAAACACAGAAGAUUCGAUUAGAUGAAUAUUUCUCCAUCAUUCAUCCUCAAGUUACCUUCAACAUUUCCAGCAUCUGCAAAUUUAUCAACAGUCAAUUUGUCCUGAAGGCACGGAGAGAAAUGAUGCCUGAAGCAUGGAAACGUCAACCCACGCUCAAACUCCGAGGCCAGAUGAUCUGGAUGGAGUCCGUGCGGUGCAUGAUAUACCUGUGCUCCCCGAAGCUCCGCAGCCUGCAGGAGCUGGAGGAACACCAGAUGCAUCUUUCUGACCUCGCCCCCCACGACACCACCAGGGAUCUCAUCCUGCUGAACCAGCAGCGACUGGCUGAGAUGGAGCUGUCCACCCAGUUGGAGAGGAAGAAGGAAGAGCUGAGGGUCCUCUCUAAACACUUGGCCAUAGAAAAGAAGAAAACAGAGACCUUGCUUUAUGCCAUGCUACCUGAACAUGUGGCCAACCAGCUGAAGGAAGGCAAAAAGGUGGAUGCAGGAGAAUUUAAAACCUGCACAAUCCUCUUUAGCGAUGUGGUGACAUUUACGAACAUCUGUGCUGCCUGUGAACCUAUCCAAAUAGUGAAUAUGCUGAAUUCAAUGUACUCCAAGUUUGACAGAUUAACUAGUGUCCACGAAGUCUACAAAGUGGAAACAAUAGGAGAUGCUUAUAUGGUGGUUGGGGGUGUUCCGGUACCUAUUGGAAGCCAUGCUCAAAGAGUGGCUAAUUUUGCUUUGGGGAUGAGAAUUUCUGCAAAAGAAGUGAUGAAUCCUGUUACUGGGGAGUCCAUCCAGAUCAGAGUAGGGAUUCAUACUGGACCGGUCUUAGCAGGUGUCGUGGGGGACAAGAUGCCACGGUACUGCUUGUUUGGUGACACUGUGAACACAGCUUCUAGGAUGGAAAGUCAUGGGCUUCCCGACAAAGUGCACCUCAGCCCCACAGCCUACAGAGCCCUGGAAAACCAAGGGUUUGAAAUAAUUAAGAGAGGUGAAAUCCAAGUGAAAGGAAAAGGGAAAAUGACCACAUACUUUCUGAUCCAGAACUUGAAUGCCUCAGAGGAUGAGAUCAUGGGGAGACCUCAAACUCUGCUUGUGCACAAAGGAGCUAGUGCUCAAGAAAGUCAAGACAGCGAAACUGUGGUGGUCACAGGGGUCAUGAGGUACACAGACAGCCAGCAGCCGCUCCGGCCCAGAGACGCAGGCCAUGAUUCUGAGGAAUGGAUGCCUGAAAGGAGUCCAGCGUCUGGACAGGACUCUGUGGAGGCAGCUGAGAGAGAACCAUCUUCAGAUCAGACAGAGACACAUCCCUUUGUUAAUGACACUCUGCCCUCUGGGGUCUGUGCUCUGUUGUAACAGAGGGGAAGGGAACACCUUGAUUUAAUUUUCCCCCUACUCAGGUUUAUGGUAACAAAGUAACUUCUUUUCAUUCCUCAGCUCAAAACUUCUUAAGCUGCAUCUCUUCCUCACUGUCCCUUUGAGAAUAAAAGUCUAGAAAUGAAACACAAUCAUGACAAGUUUGGAAAAUGUGCUUUUAUAGUCUCAGGUCAAAGCCAACUUUGAGACUUUGGGUCUUGAUUGUUAUCAUAGGUCAGAAGUUUGGCUGUGGGGUUGUUUCUGUUUUCUUCCAACAGGAGUGAAUGCCUUUCAGCUCCCAUCACUGUGGCUCCACUGAAUCCCUGCCUCUGAGCAAAAGCCCCAGUGGCCACCUUCAAAGGACACCCUGACCUUGGGCCUUGGAGCUCAUUCCAUGCAGUGCCUUGUUUUAAAUGAUGCUGGGAUUAGGGAGAGGGGAGGAAGGAGACCCAGACCCCCAGUUUAUGAAUCGUCCCACAACACAGCCUGGAUGGGAAAGGCACUCAGCCAGGAAAUAAUUUUCAUUCCCAGCCUUAGAAAUUGCAUGAAGCAAUAGAACAAAAACUGCACUCCCCAGAGAUGUCCUGAAAGUAAAGUGGGGGAGAAAAUGUGAAAAUCACAGGAAGGGCAGAGUUAGGAGAGAGGGAAUCAAGGCAGAGCACAGCCAGACGCCCAGGGCCCUUGGCGGGCUUCCUUGACGGCACAGAACGCUCCUGCACUGCUUCCCGCGGCAGGCGUGGGAUCACCUGCCAUGGAAUGGAGAGGGUUGGAAAUGUUCUCUGAGGUGUGCGGCGUGGGGAGAGGGCUGCAGUGCGGUGACCUAUGGACUGUGCAGCUGUACUUACUGUCUGUGAAAGAUAUAUGUAUGUAUAUAUAUUGGUACCUGGGUAAUAAAGAAAAUCUUAAGGGCA